AUGUUGACCCUCAAUAAUACCCAUGCUCAGACCUUGACCUUCAUCCUGACAGGCAUUCCAGGCCUGAGAGCAGCACAGGCCUGGAUCUCCAUCCCUUUUUGCCUCAUGUAUGUCAUCGCUCUCUCUGGGAACAGCAUGAUCCUAUUUGUGGUCCUUCGUGAGCCAAGCCUCCAUGAACCCAUGUAUUAUUUUCUCUCUAUGCUUUCAGCCACGGACUUGGGCUUGUCUUUAUGCACACUUUCCACUACUCUUGGUGUCUUCUGGUUUGAAGCUCGGGAGAUCAACUUAAAUGCCUGCAUUGCACAGAUGUUUUUCCUCCAUGGAUUUACUUUUAUGGAGUCUGGAGUUCUGCUAGCCAUGGCCUUUGAUCGUUUUGUGGCCAUUUGUGAUCCAUUGCGUUACACCACCAUCCUCACCAAUGCCAGGAUUGCCCAGAUUGGGAUAAGUAUGCUGAUCAGGAAUGUUGCUGUUAUGUUGCCAGUUGUACUGUUUGUCAAGAGACUGUCUUUUUGCAAGUCUAUGGUCCUCUCACAUUCUUACUGCUACCAUGUUGAUCUCAUUCAACUUUCAUGUACAGACAACAGAGUCAACAGUAUUCUCGGUCUGGUUGCACUGUUCUCCACAACAGGGUUUGAUUGUCCUUGUAUCCUGCUGUCCUAUGUCUUAAUCAUUCGCUCUGUUCUCAGCAUUGCUUCUGCAGAGGAGCAGCAGAAAGCCUUCAACACUUGCAUAUCCCACAUCAGUGCUGUUGCCAUCUUCUACAUCCCCCUCAUCAGUUUAUCUCUUGUCCAUCGCUAUGGCCAUUCAGCUCCUCCAUUUGUUCACACCAUCAUGGCUAAUGUUUUUCUGCUCAUCCCUCCUGUACUCAAUCCUAUUAUCUACAGUGUGAAGACCAAGCAGAUUCGCAAGGCUAUUAUCAAAGUCUUAAUUCGGAAGCAAAUUCAAAUCUAA